AUGAUCGAAAACGCUUUGUAUUUCAAGCACACGGCUGUAGAUGUUGCUUAUUUCUGCACUCUGUCAGCGCCUGUGAAGAAAUCUGGUGCUAGCAUUGUGUCAAGGGAGAGCACACAACAUCCGUCUUUGAACAUAGGGAGAGUUGCUAAGAGUAAAAUUAGGGGGAAAAAACCGUUUAUAUGGAAAGUACUUCAAGAAAUUAUGCAAGGUGCUCCUAAAAUGAUACCACCCGGCCCUGGAGGACCUGGGCCGGGGCCGGGACCUGGACCUGGAGGUCCGCCUGCUCCAUGGCCUGGGCCAGGGGCUCCUCCUGGUUGGGGUCCUCCACCAGCUCCGUGGCCUGUACCCAUGGCUCCUGGACCUGGACCUGCACCGGCUCCAUGGCCUGGACCCGUGGCUCCUGGACCUGGACCUGGACCUGGUGGUACACCGGCUCCAUGGCCUGGACCAGGAGGUUUCAUUGAUGGUUUCUUCAGUGGCUUGUGA